AGCGGAGCGUCCCGGCUGCGACUUUCUCCCCAGCCUCUUUGCAAAAGCAAUGAGGAGAAAAGAACCAUCGCCCUGCUGAUACCAGGACGUCUGGGAUGCAGUAGCACAGUUUGUUUUCUGGAUAAGGAGGGAUCAUAAUUGUGUAUCCAGAAAAGAAACAACUUCAAACAAUACAUUGCGGAUUUGGCAUAUCCAUCAAUCGAAUGCAAGCAGAGCCAGGCCCGCCUUAACAAUGGGCCCUAUACCCCUGUGUCUCCUGCUCCCAGUGACAGUGCUGGCCACGGUGGUGAUUGCGGAGGAGGCCACAGUCGAUGAUGAGUAUACCUGGCCACAGUGGAAGGUGCCUUUGGUAAGGAACAGACGUACUGUACCUCUCAGCAGCCCCAAAUUCUCAGCCCAGCCUCAGCUGGAGCUGACUGGGACCUGUGGGAUCGAGUGCCAGCGGCGCCUCCCUGCCCCGUCUCAGGAUGACCUGGAGCAGUUCCUGUCCUAUGAGACAAUUUAUGAGAACGGCACACGCACGCUUACCUCAGUAUCCGUGCAGGGUGAGGUGACCGCCUUGUCCGGAAACUCCUCAUCCAGGUCCCGCUAUAAACGGGAGGUCUAUGGCACGGACACUCGCUUUACCAUCUCUGAUAAGCAAUUCUCCACCAAAUAUCCCUUCUCAACCUCUGUCAAGAUCUCAACUGGGUGCUCUGGGGUUCUGGUGUCACCUAAACAUGUGCUGACUGCUGCCCACUGCAUCCACGAUGGAAAGGAUUAUCUCAAUGGAGCUCAGAAGCUACGUGUUGGUGUCCUCAAGGAAAAGUCUAGGCGAGGCAAAGGAGGCAAAGGGAGAGGACGAGGGAAAGGCAAGAGGAGAAAGGGAGACAAAGAGGAAGCAGAGGACAAAGAAGAGAAUGAAGGGAAAGGAGAACGGAGAGGCAAAGGGAAAGGUAGAAAAAGCAGGAGUCGACGGAGUGCAGAGUCAGAGAAGCCUUCGUUCAGGUGGACCAGGGUCAAGCAGACCCAGGUUCCUAAGGGCUGGUUCAAAGGGGUAUCUGAUGGAGUGGCCGCAGACUAUGACUAUGCGGUUCUGGAGCUGAAGAAAGCCCAGAAGGUCAAGCACAUGGAUCUGGGUGUUAUCUCCUCGGUCAAGAAGCUGCCCGCCGGGAGGAUCCACUUCUCUGGCUUUGACGAUGACCGGCCUGGCAACCUGGUGUACCGCUUCUGCUCCAUCUCGGAGGAAUCCAACGACCUGCUGUACCAGUACUGCGACGCCAAGCCCGGUUCCAGCGGUUCAGGAGUCUACAUUCGCCUCAAGGAGCCUGGGAAGAAGAAGUGGAAGAGGAAGAUCAUCGCAGUUUUCUCUGGUCACCAGUGGGUAGAUGUUAACGGGAAUGGGAUGCAGCAGGAUUACAAUGUGGCAGUGAGGAUAACACCCCUCAAAUAUGCCCAGAUCUGCCAUUGGAUCAAAGGAGACUCAAGUGAGUGCCAGGUAGCCUGAGAACCCAAUCAACAGGACCCCCCCACAAACAAAACCACCGAAACGCCCACCCAGUAGGAACCCCCCCCCCCAAACCCUUAAACCCACCUCUGAACCCCCCACCUACCUUCUCCAUGCCAACCAGGGGCCCGUCGACUGCCUCUCUUCUGCCUGUCUCUCUGUUACCUCCUGUGCCUCCCAGUGGUGUUUGUUACACUGCAUGACAACAGUGUGUCUCUCUGACACACACACACACACACACACACAGACAUACAUGCACACACAUGCACCGCCAUGCAGACUCAAUGUUGACAACAACAGGAACUUGUCAACACAUCAAGAGAACUGUGGCUUUUCAGCUCUUCUAAUUUAUUUGCUAAAAAAAAAAAAAAAAAAAAAAAAACAACUCUGCAAAAACAUAUUCAGUACCAUAAUUAUGUUUUUACAGAUCAUUUAGGUCUUCAGUGUUUUGCUUUCUUAUUUUGACAGCUUUUUUAGAUUUGACCAAUUUGGAUAUGUUGUUGGAAAGUGUUUUUAUUCAGAUGUGGCAUAUUGUUUCAAAUGAGCAAAGCCUUCUUGUAAUAGUUAUAUAUCCCAGCUAGGCUUUGACACUGACAUUUUCAAGUGUUCUCCGACGUUUUUGUAAAAAAAAAAAAAAAAAAAAUAGUACAUGUACAUUGCCCUUGACAAAAGACCCAGAAAAAUAAAUGUAGUUUUUCUUACAAAUGAACAAUAUAGAGAUAUUGAGAUGAUAACUGUUAUUAUGAACAUUUUCUAAAUGAAAGAGCUGGUGUUUUGCAUUAUGUAUAUCUAGAUUUUCUAGCUUCAUUCUGUUUUUUUUUCCCACUACCUUUCCAAAUAGGACUUUGUUUCUCUCUAAAUAGAGAUAGGGUCCCGAUGGAUCCUGGAUGUAAGAUUAUUUCCUCUAUUCUGGCAACGCAGUGAAAUAUGGUUUCAUUGUUGUGCACAUAAUCAUAGCGGUGCUUAUCCAGAGACUUGGUGCUAAUUUAUGAAAUUGUACACUUUUUGGGGAGACUUCUCAGAAUAUAUUUUGAUAGCCUAGUACUGUAACUAUGUAUUUAAUGUGAGGCUAUUAUUGGAUGUGACAAGAUGGGACUGAACUAUUCAACAACUACUUGAGCUGUUUAAAUUUCUCUGACUCUAAGGGUAGGGUGAGAUUUAAGAAAUAUCACAGUAUUGUUAUACUGUACAAAAACAAUUUGAAUUUGGAGUUUUUAUUUUUUUGACAUUCUUGUUACUUAUGUGCCACAACACGUAUGAAUUUCCUUUUGAUGACCAAAUAAUUGAAAGUAAUAAUGUGGCUUGAAAACCAACCAUUAAAUCAAGAUUACUACUUGUU